UGUUAGAGGAAUAUUCACUCCAUGUCGUGGCGGCACAGAAUACGACAGAAAAAGUUACCAAAAGGUUUUGAGUUGAUAGAAACGCAACUAGAAAAGUUCGAAGACGAAAUGCGUGAAAUUAUGAAUGAUACUAUGGAGGACAAGAUGAGAAACGAACUCACGUGGAAGGUUCAUAAACUUCACUGGAAGAAGAACCGUUUUAUCUUUAAUUUAUACUAUAAAGAGAAAGCUAUAUCAAAGGAGCUUUUUGACUUUCUUGUGAAGGAGAAAGUGGUUGACGCCAAUUUGAUCUCCAAGUGGCGAAAGCCUGGAUAUGAGAAUUUAUGUUCGCUUGCGGUCAUUUCCAAAACCAACACCAAUUUUAGAACCGCUGGAGUUUGUAGAGUACCUUUAAAGGACAGACAUGGACAAAUAACGCCGAAUGUUCUUACAGGUUGCAUUUCUUGUGCUUCAGGAGACGGUGGACCCAUCUGGUGGGACGAUCCUAUUCCAGAUAAUCUUUUAAGGAAGCUUAGAGAGUUAGGUCAGUUACCACCUGAAGAAGGCACAGUUGAUGAAGCCGAGGAAAAGCAGAGCGAUGAAGAAAAGGCUGAAACAGAAGAGGGGCAGUUGACAGAUAAGACUUUUGAAGAAGAAAAAGGCGAAACACGAGAAGAGACAACUCAAGAUAGUGAAAGAACGAAGAGAAGAAAGAAGGAGUAAACUACUUUUUCAAGUUUUAUUUUUCUUCC